UAGCUUGUAUGGCCAUGACACGCACGGAAGUGUUUUUUUGUUGUUGUGACGUCACUGCUUGUGAUUCUCGCAGUCACAGCAUGGCACCGUAGUUGUAGAAGGUCACGUACGUGUACCUCGUUUUAUUUCUCUCAUAAGUGAAAAUGAGUCGAUUUACAAGUGUUUUGAGAAGGACGUUUGGUGUGGUCAAGGAACUCGUGGGGACUGAUCAUCUUGGGAAUAAAUAUUACAUUAUACCAGAGCAGAAGACAUGGACAGGAAGAGUCGUGGGGGCGAAGAGACUGGUGGUCGCAUCGAACCCAAAUGAAUUUGAGUACUUGGAGGGAAACAUACCUUCAGAAUGGGAUGCGUGGAUCCGGGGCCGUCGAAAGGAGCCUCCCACCUUUGAGGAGCUUCUGAAGAACGAGCGCUACCGGGAGCACAUCAAGGAGAAGGCUCGUGAGGUGGACGAGAGGGACCUGGCUCUGCAGGCCAAGGAGUACGAGGAAGGGCUCGUGUCACGGCCUACGCAGACCACGCUGGCCAAAGGGCACGCCGCGUCCACCGCAUUUGGCAAACCCGAGGUCACAGAAGACCCAGUCAGCACCGGUAGUUCCUUUCAACCAGGGUCGUGGAUGCCUCAAGGAUCCAAGCAGACCACACAGGCUAAAGGACACGCCGCGUCCACCGCGUUCGGCAAACCGGAGGUCAGCGAAGACCCCGUUAGCACAGGGGGUUCCUUUCAACCAGGGUCAUGGAUGCCUCCGGGAGCUAAGAAGUAACCCUAGAUUGUGGAGUUUUGUGUGGCCAUGUUUGUUUAUUAUUGACACUAACUGCAGUGGGAAUUGAGAAGCCUUUCCAAGUCAUGCAGACUAAAAAAGGACAUUGACUUUAGGGGACGAUGUGAUGCAGCCUAAUUUGGAGCACUUCAUGGGGAGUAUGUUGCAGAGUUCUACCUCAACUGGUAGGACACUGGUGGGUCCAAUCCCAGUGGACACACUGUUCCUUCCAUUAUCCUGACUCCCGUCCUACCUUGUCCUUGUGGCCUCAUAAUUGACGACAGAAGUCUAAUUCAAUGUCUCGCAAAAGAGCAAUUCAAAGGUCAUUUUCUCAUUUGCAGGCGGGAUGUUGAAGGGGGAAAAGUCUCCCAAAAGUUGUUGUGGCCAGGCUGCCAAUGGGGAAACUGUGUCCACAGAGUUGAGGCGUCAGCAAAGCGUGAGGCCACAAGCACAGGUGGAGGACGGGAGGUAGGAUAAUGGAAUGUAACCAGUUUGUUUGAGAAGAUGGGGUGUUGCUCACAUUAUAGGUAACACAAAUAGCCCACUGUUUGUUAGAAUUAUUAUGUUAUAUAAGUUAUAACUGUGGAUAUGCUGCUAUUCUGGGCUGGUGGGGAAAACUGCACAAUGUAAACUGCGGAAUCCGUCUCAUAACCUGGAUGCCUAUCUUGGUCCGAAUGACGCUGCCCUCCGUAAAGAAAACUGUUGCCUCUUAAAUGCUUGCUUGCCGGUCGGGGUGUAUUGAAGUUGGAUAUUGAUAUGUUGGUUGUUUAAUAAAUGUGAGAAUGAAUGGAUAUUCUGUCUCCUGACACUAGUAUCGGCAGAACAAGUGGUGAACACCUCUGCGAUGCAAACAAAGUUUGAUUUUAUUCAGUCGACAGAGGAAAGCAAUGUUAUGACUGUGAUGAAAAAGUAAAAUGAGAAUCGUGUGAUAUUGGCACGUCUCUUUCAGGGUUUUAGUUUCUACAGUAAUGUCAACAAGCAACACUCAAUUAGUGUCUUCAGCUAUGCAAAUAAUGUGUAGAAAAUCUUUUUUGGUGGGUUAUUUACCUUCUAAUAGUGUAGAAGGCACCCCUUAAUUUGUUUCAACAACUUUCUUGGCCUAUUAGGUUUAUGGGGAUUUGUAAAAGCAGAUUGUCUCUUAGUGGUUCCGAAUGACAAUUUGGCUUGCAACAAAAAUGGCUUGGCAUUGCUUUAAUGUGCUUCUUCUCAGUAUUACAAAAUUAUGUUCUUGACCAUAAGGUUGAGAUUUAAGGCUGUCUUUAAAGAGAACAGGUGUAGCUUUCCCUUGCAGAUGCAUUCUAUAGAUCAUUACAUAAAUCUUAAGUAUGGUAGUAUGUAAGGAAUGCUGUCACACCAGUGAUUUUUUAAAAACGAUUUGAAAUGUUAUUUAUUAGUCAAGUGGGGAGGGGAAAAAUCCUUCAACAAUAGUUAAUAAAUGGAAUGCACACUGCAUUAACAGCAACUCGGGGCAGUGCUGUGCCACUCUCAUGUGUGGGUGUGUAUGUGUGAGAUACGAUUUCAUAUGGUUUUUUUUUUUUAAUCUUGCCUGACAAAAGUCCCUCCCGAAAAAGCAUGGAACCUAACACAUGCUUUUGUGACAGUGUACACCAGUCUUGUGUGUACCCAUACGCAAGGCCUCCCCCC